AUGGGGAAACAUUUGAUUGUGCUGAUCCACGGACUUUGGGGUAAUUUUAAGCACAUGAACUCAUUAAAGAGAAUGUUUAAGAAGAAGUUAAGUGCCAAAGACAAUGAUGGAGACGCUUAUAUAUAUUAUUCUCCAAUGCAAAACACCCUUUUUAAAACUUUAGAUGGUAUUGAAAUAAUUGGAUACAGAACUUUGAUUGAAAUUUGUCAAUAUAUCAAAUAUCAUAAUGAAAAAGAAGCUGAAUCAGAAAGUGCCCAUAUAACUAAGAUUAGUGUAGUGGGAUAUUCGCUUGGUGGAUUAAUUGCUAGAUUUGUAAUCGGUAAGAUGUAUACCGAUUGUAUCAAUAUAUUCGAGAACAUUGAACCACAUUUAUUCAUGACAAUGGCAACACCCCAUAUUGGUGUUGCUUUCUAUAACAAGACUCAAUUUAUUACAUUCUCAGCGCCAAUCAUGACUGCAGUGGGGAGUACUCUAUUGGGCAGAUCAGGAAAAGAACUGUUUAUACGAGAUUCUGAGACUCUUCUGGAGAAAUUAUCAGAAGGUGAAUAUAUAGAAGCUCUAGCUCGUUUCAAACAUAGGCUUUUGUUUGCUAAUGUGAAAAAUGAUCGUUCUGUGGCAUUCUAUACUUCAUUUAUCACCGAUAUUGAUCCAUUCAUAAGCACUGGAAACACUGUUCAAUAUGUUUAUGAAGAUUCGUUUCCACCAAUCAAAUUUAAAAACCACUCAAUACCGAACGUUAUUGAAUUAAACAAACUUGACAUGCAACACAAACACAAACCAACCCUUGAUACUGAUAAAUAUUUGCGAAACAACCUUACAGUUAUACUUCGUGUUAUCCUUGUCUUUACAGUAUUUUUACCAAUAAUGUUGACUUUAAAUACCUUAGCCACAAUUCACAGAUAUUGGGUGACAAGGAAAUACAGAAAAAUAAUUGAAAGCGGUAUAGCUUCAAAACAUGUGCAAUCACAAAUCGGAUCAGAGGAUAACAUAAGAAGUUAUAUUGAAAGUACUUAUGAAUCCAUUUUGAUUGCAAACGACAAAGAGGAGGAAGUGACAGAUGAACAAGACUCGGCGUCGAAUGGAAAGAUAACUGGUAAUUUACUUAACAGUGAUAAUAAAACAAAAGAAGUAUCGUGGGAACAAUUUAUCGAAAAAUAUUCUACGUUUUGGAAACCAGGUUCAAGUGAUAACCAAAUAUCUUAUCUUAGGAACUUUGAACCUUUACCAUUAGAUGACAAGAGAAUGAAAAUAAUUUCUAAUUUAAACCAGCUUACUUGGAUAAAAAUCCCAGUUUAUAUUAAGGCACUGAAUUCACAUGGUGGGAUAGUUGCAAGAUCUAGUCUCGAAAGCACAGGCCGCGAUAGCUAUGCCACUGUAGAAUUAGCAGGGGAAAUAGUUUUUUAUUUAAUGAAUCAUUAA